GUUUGUUUUAAAGAAUUCAUAAACAUGGGGUUUUCCAAUUAGAGAAGCUAUCAAAACCAAGGGCUAAUUCUGUUAAUUCAUUCUCAAGAAAUUCCAAAUGCAUGCACAAACAAACCUUUAUAGUGAGUUAUUCUUAAAUGUUUGUGUAGCUAACCUUUCUGGAGUGCUUUGCAACCAUAUGUAUUUACAUGGCAUAAUCAUUUCAAUCAAGAACAUCUAUCUUGAAUUCCAAGUUUCUCCAUUUAUCUAAAGGUAAUUUACGUUUUCUUGGGGGGAAAGCAUGUUGGAUUAAUUUUCCAAUAUUUUCAUCUUUCGUUCAAUCUGAAUUGUGUGUUAUGUGUGUGAAAAUAUGAACACUUUUCAGAUUUAUAUGUAUGUAUGUAUGUAUCUGUGUUGUGAAGAGAUUUAUAUAUAUAUAUAUGUGUGUGUGUGUGUGUGUGUAUGUAUGUAGGAUGAGUUAUUCUCCUAUGAUUUCAUAUCAACAAUUAUUUUGGGACUUGCGCAUUGCAUACUAAUUACAAAUAAGAUUAAUUAAUUACUUUAGUACCAAAUGACCAAUGAAUUGGAGGGGAAGAUGUUUGUUUUUAUAAUUAACUUUUUCGAGCAUCACAUUUGCUUUUUUAGCGCUUGUUACAACAAGGAGCGCAUGACAGUGUUGAGAAAUUAAAAACUCAACCGUUUGACAUAUGAAAGAGUUUAUUCAACUAAUCUCUUCUUUUUAAAUAUGGAGUAUUAUUUUGUGUUCAAAACUUUUUAUCAUAUGUUUAGAGGGCAGGCAAUGGUGCAAGGUGAGGAGAAGAAACUAAAACUCAACCAACCAAUUAUAUCAGUAAGGCGAGGAGUUUCAGCGAAGAAGCUGGAAGCUGGGGCGCCACUUCUUCACCCACCUCUACUUAAUAGAUCAGAGUCCACCGUGAGGAGUCCAGGACUUGUUCCGUUUGUAUGGGAAGAUAGUCCUGGAAAACCCAAGUCUGUAAGAGAUGACCAAUGCUGCAGCAGCAGCAGCACCUUUGAUAAAGCCGUCCGCAGGUUAAAAAGUUUCAACGGGGAUGAUGAUGAUGAUGAUGAUGCUGAGCAACAAGUUAUAGUGAGCAGCAGCAGCAGGCAGUAUUGGGGGGAUCAUGUUGUUGAUGCACCACUUCCCAAAACCACUUUUGUCUUCUUUAAGGGGUCAGACACUAGUAGGACCUGUUCACCGCCUGUUGCAGCUGCUACCAAUUUCAUGAUUGGCUUAUUCUUGCCACCGUCAACUAAAACAGUGUCCCUCACAAAACAAGGGGUGCUCCAAAAGCCUAUGAACCGGGCAGGGAAGCAGGGAGGUAGGCUGCAACCGUCUAGUAUUGAUGCACUGUGUUACAGUUCUCAUCGUGACCUUAAAGAAGAAGAAGAAGAAGAAGAAGAAGAAGAAGAAGAAGACGCAACUGAUAUUCCACCUAAAGCUUGUGGAGCACUGCCUCCAUUUUGUGUUACAAGUUCUACUUUUAUUAUGGAUCCCGUACCCGCAACUAGUUUAGAAAAGACUCAAGUGCUCCCCACGUCUCCGAGUAAAAUGCACAGAUACUCCACCGCUCGUUCUUGCAUAAAAAGAGUAAAUGAUGAUGCCAACGUGAGAUGGAUGGCUGGUUUAAGUAAGCAAAAGGCAGAAGUUCUUAGAAAAAGCAGAUUUGCAGCAGGCAAUGGGGUGGGGCUUCAGAGUAAUAGCUCCUCAACGCAAGUUCAAGAUUCAGAGAAAUCUUCAAUUACAAACAGAAGUUCUCAAAUGACAAAGACAAAAGAACAUGAAGGCCAUGCAACAGCUAAUUCUUUCCCAGAUGAAGGAACCAACAAAAGAAAGCUGCCUGCUGCUGCUGCUGCUGUCAGAAAUGUAGACACUAAUAAUGCUAGCAGCAGCUUUGAUCUGAUGCUGCUUACUGCUACUUCAUCCGAUCAAGGCCCGGCCAUAAAACAGGAAGCAAGUAGGAAGCCAAGGCAGCGCCGGCAUUCAUCAGAUAAAGAUAUGAUGGUGAACUUUGUGUUUCCUGCUUCAGUUUCCUCGCCACUGCUGCCGCCUUUACCUCAAUCUCCAACUGAUUCUUGGCUCUCCCGCACUUUGCCUUUGUUGUCUGCUAAAUCUGCACCUGCAACGCCUUCUCGCAAGACCCCCUUCUGAUGAUCUGAUCGAGAUACAGAUCAGAGCCCAACUUUUCCCUCAUAAAGAAUGGAGAUUAUAUUCAGAAGCAGAAUAUAUAAUAUCAGGACGCAAGCUAGUUCUUCAACAAUGCAGGCCUUAGCACAUGGAUCACACUAUGUAUAUUUUACUAUAUGGAGCUGUUUCUUGAUUUAAUGACGAUCUAAGGUUUUUUAUCCCAAAAGAAAAUUAAAAGGACGGAAAAAAGGGUCUUUUGAUCUGA